GUAGCCACAACCUCCUUAAUAACCGUGGUGACGUCUCCCUGGAGGAGUGGUUUGCCUCGCCGUGUGUGAAUGUGUGUGUGUUGUGGGAGGGGGCGCGCUGCUCCUAGUGCGCAUGACCCUUCGGUUGUAGCUGCAGCAGCAGAGCUGUGGCGAAAGAAAUCGUAACAGUACGAGACAUGGCUAGAGAUGGCGAGGGAUACGAUCAGACUGCGAUCACGGCUGCUGAUGCUCUUUUAGACGAACGGGGGCCUUAAAAAUUAUACCAAAAAUAAAAGAAAAAAUAUUUUAAAAAAACAACAACAACAACAAAAAAAAAACACCAUCUGAUUUUCAUACAGAGAAACAUCCAGCACGAAAGAAGGAAACAAAAAACCGCGCUUGUCUGAUGUGAAGACUUCUCCGGACCUUCCUCUCACAGAUCAGAUAGAUGUUUUGUCCACAAGCUUGCACGAAUAAUAAUGAAUGCUCAGCUGUCGAUGGAGAAUAUUGGCGAUCUGCACGGGGUGAGCCAUGAGCAGGUGCCAACUACGGCUGACCUGAUGAGCAACAGUAGCCCUCAUCACAGAAGCUCAGUGGCCCAUCGCAGCAACCACUUGUCGGCCCAUGCGCGCUCCAUGGGCAUGGCAUCCAUCCUGGAUGGCAGUGACUAUCAUCACCACCGCCCCCCUGACCACGCUCUGGCUGGACACCUGCACCCUACCAUGACCAUGGCUUGUGAGGCUCCCCCGGGCAUGAGCAUGAGCAGCACCUACACCACUCUCACUCCUCUGCAGCCACUACCUCCCAUCUCGACCGUCUCGGACAAGUUUCCUCACCACCAUCACCACCACCACCACCAUCCUCACCAGCGGAUCCCGGGCAAUGUGAGUGGCAGCUUCACCCUGAUGAGGGACGACAGGGGACUGGCUUCAAUGAACAAUCUCUACACCCCUUACCACAAGGAUGUAACAGGGAUGGGGCAAAGCUUGUCUCCCUUGUCAGGGUCCGGGCUGGGGGGCAUUCACAACUCCCAGCAGGGGCUGCCCCCGUACGCUCACCCAGGAGCCACUAUGCCCACAGAGAAGAUGCUGACACCCAAUGGCUUUGAAGCCCAUCACCCUGCCAUGCUGGCCAGGCAUGGUGAUCAGCAUAUGUCUGCUUCUUCAGCGGGCAUGGUGCAGAUCAACGGGAUUCACCAUCACCCUCACGCCCACUUAAACACCCAGAGCCACGGACAGGUGCUGGGUUCCACCAGGGAACAAAAUCCAUCUUCUGUGCCUGGAUCGCAGGUCAACAAUGGAGGCAGUUCAGGGCAAAUGGAAGAAAUCAAUACCAAAGAAGUCGCCCAGAGGAUCACCACUGAGCUUAAAAGGUACAGCAUCCCCCAGGCCAUCUUUGCACAGAGGGUGCUGUGCCGAUCGCAGGGGACCCUCUCUGACCUGUUAAGGAACCCCAAACCUUGGAGCAAACUGAAGUCCGGACGGGAGACAUUUCGGAGAAUGUGGAAGUGGCUGCAGGAGCCUGAAUUCCAGAGGAUGUCAGCUCUCAGGCUCGCAGGUGAGCGAACAAUAGCGUGCAAGAGAAAAGAACAGGAACACGGCAAGGGAGAGAGGGGCAACAUCACCAAAAAGCCAAGGCUGGUCUUCACGGAUGUCCAACGUCGAACUUUACAUGCAAUAUUCAAAGAAAACAAGCGUCCGUCCAAAGAAUUGCAAAUAACCAUUUCCCAGCAACUGGGUCUGGAGCUCACAACUGUCAGCAACUUCUUCAUGAACGCGCGGAGGAGGAGUCUGGAUAAGUGGCAAGACGAUGGGAGCACCAACUCAGCCAACUCAUCUUCCUCAUCGAGCACUUGUACCAAAGCAUGAAGGAAUAACUGCUGACUGGACCUCGGUGGAAAAGCUUUAAAAAAAAAUACCAGGACCUCAAGAAGACAGUUUUUUUUUUCCUGAAAACUGUUUGAGAAAAAAGACGAUACAAUAUUUAUAAUAUCCAAAGAAAACCAAAGACUUCUUUCACCUGCAUUAUUAAAUACGUGUUCUGCAACACACCUUAGUGGGACAUCUUGCAAAAAAAAUACACUGGUCGUGCACCUUCACCCAUGAUCAUCGUUUGAAGUAUUUGGCUGUUAUGGUGGUUUGAAGCAUAGUGGUUCUUGUCAUUGAAUGGACAUUAUUUCUGCCCAUGAGCCAUUGAAUUUAUUUUGUUAUACCACGAAGGUGUAUGAUGUAAAAUAAUGGAAAAAAAAACACUGUGUACGUACCAGUGGUUAGGGACCUUGUAGAACUGGCCUGCGAUAUGGGUUGUGCUGUGGCACAGCUUGAAUGUUGUGGAGUCGUUUGUGUUCUGUUGAAUAUUUAUUCGAUUCCUGUCCGUCAGGACUUGAACCUGGGAGCUCAAAGAUCCGGCUGUAAGUGUUCAGACUUGGUGGAGCCAACUUGAAUGUCACCGAACACAGUAGUGCUUUCUUCCUAAUUGUUAAGGAGUAUACAGGAAAACCAGGAUACACCACAUACAAAAAUAUUCCAACUUAUAGUAGUAAUAAUUACUUCUAAUGUUAUAGCAUACCAAAGAAAAAACGUUAUUUUUCAAUGCAGAUUACCCAAAGAGUACUUCCUACAAGAUUACUAGGAGCUUUCUUUAUGAAAUGCAAUUUAUCAUGUAAAGAAAAUGUCUGUUACAAUGUAUUGUUUCUUAACGAGAGUUACCAAAUGACAUGGUUCAGUUGAGUUUAAUUUUCUGAAUUAUUAUUCCACUUAACAGGUAAUAGCUGAAUCCAAAUAUUUGUAUGAUGUCAGUGGGCAUACAUCUUAUUGAGCUUUUACUCAGAAAAAAUGCAAUGUUUUUUACUCAGCAUUAAUCUUACUAGAAUUUGAUCGCACAAUCAAAUCAAAGAUCUGCAAUAUCCUUUGCUACAGAUCAGCUCAUAUUGUUUUAAAAUCUUAUUUUUAAUUUGAUAGUGACAGAAGGACACCCAAAAGCAAUUAAAUGUUCACAGAUGAACAAUUCUACAUAGAAUUCUACAUUGAUUCUACGAAUCAAGGAACUUUAAUAUGAAGUGUAACUUUAUUGAAGUGUAUAGGCUACCAUACCCGAUUUCCAAACACAAACAACAAUUUGGUGUGAAUAUGAUUGACAAAAGCCUUCUGAUAUUUAUAUAGUGUGCUUAUUUUGACAGCCUUUCUUCUGAGCUUUAAUUUAGAAAUACAAAGAGCUUUUUUGCACCAAGGAGUUAAAAUCAUCUCACCAUUCACUUUAUAAGAUAGAAUAACCUCUAAUAACUCAUAACACUAUAAGAGAUUGUUCAUUUGUUUCAUCUUCAAAAGUGGCGAGCCUUAUCUGUUGUUUCUUUUUCAUUUUGAAUGCCUAAUAUUUUCAGGGAGAUUGAAGGCACUGCUUUCUAAAUGCUUUAAAUAUAUUUUGUAUUAAACACUUACUAAAUACCAGCUGCUAACAACCAAAGAUAUAAGCUUAUUCAUUAGCAUUGCAUUGCAAAACUUCAGGCUGAAUCAAGACCUUAUUAUUUCCUUGCCAAAGCUAAUCCACAGAGUAUGUAUGACACAGGUCAAGCCUGUCUACUUACAUUGCACCCUAUCUAUAAAACUCUCCUUUGCACCAAAUGUUCAGGAACAUUAGUUUGGAAAUAAAGCUUUAUAAUAUAAUUUUAAAAAGUCAAAGUAAUUUGUCCCACACAAGCUGUUUUUCAGAUGUUUAUAGAUAAAUUACAUAGUGCAUGCAAUCAAAGUGAUAGCAUAUAAAAUAGUUUGCUACCCAGGCAUCUUUUUCAGCCACAUGAUGCAUCUUUAAAGCAUGUACCUACUAUUUUUAUUCAUUGUAUGUAUCCAAAAAUAUACCAAGAUAUAAAAGGAAAAGUGAUAUGUCUUUAAGAUAAACCUGAUUAUAAAGCAUCUUUUAUGUGAAAUGUUACGGAACAGUGAAUUCAGAUAGUGUAUAUAGCAUACCAUUGAUGUAGCAUUGCUACUGGUGUAACAUGGAGUAGGUUGAAAUACAUGGCCCUGAGGGUCUGACCUACAGUGUGACACAAAGGGGAAAUUUUACUAAAUUAGAGCUUGGACUAUUUUCAGAGAAGACAUCCAAUUUUCCACCACAUCAAAUUAACACCCCUCAAGGACAAUAGGAUCCUAGUAAUUACUGAAGUUUUCCCCAAAGAACACCUGCCAUCAGAGUUCAAAACCAGUAGCAUUUUCAGACAAAUCAGUGAAUAAAACAAAUCAAUUACAGUGAGGUAUAUUAAGUUUGAAAUGACACUAUGUUAACAAUCAGAAGAAAGGUGCUUCUUUCUGAUUAUGAGAUAUCCCAUGAUUAUUGGAAAAAAAAGUUUUUAGCACGACUUGGCUUGACAUUCUUUUAAUAUAGAUUUUGCAUUCGCUUUUGUGCUUUAAUUAUUUGAUCACAUAUUUCAACACAUUCAGGAGUUAUUUUUUAAUUCAUUCAAAAUAACGAAUAUGUUUUUUGUAUUAUAUUCCUAACAGAAUUUAGAAUUUCUUACCAAAGCCGCCAUAAGAGAGAUUUAACCAGUCAUCAGAAUGUGUACAGUUUUCUGUCCUGAAACCCCUCUGUCCUCACUGCUUGUGAAACUGCAGUUGACUUAAAUAUAAACUAUAGCACAGUAAGAUGGAUUUCAUUGUUUCUGUUUCUUUGAAGUUUCAUAACGUCCCUCAAUCUACCGAGAAUGGAUGGAAACUAUGCAUUUAACAAAUGGGAAGAAAGCACUGUGUAUGCCUAUGAUAUCCUGACCAGGGUGCAUUCAAAUUGAAGAGGCCCAAUGAAUGAAUGGUAGUCCACGGUUUUAACACUUUUCUGGCCUUGUUGUUUCUUGUGGUGUGGUUAGCUUUACAAAAAUAUAUUUGGUAACCAUUUACUAGUAUUACAACGAAGAAGCAAAGUUAAAAAAUAGCUGCUUCCACAUGUAAAAAAAAAAGAAAAAUGUGUAGAAAUCUACUAUUUAUAGUGUGAACCAAAGACGCUACCUCACUCGAUUUCCAUUUGUGAUUCUAAUCACAUUGAUGAUACCAAAGAAUACCAAAGAUUUUUUUCCUGCACGGCCUACAUGAAUGAAGUGGUGGAUUUUUGGUGUCCUUCCUUCCUCCCCUUGACCUUGACCUAACUCAGUGUAACCUUUCUUCAUUAGAGAAAACCAAUAUUUAAAAGCUAUAGGCAAACAUGUUGCAAACUUUGUAAAACUCACAGGACGAGUGCCUUGCUUGAACCAAAGUGUUAAACCACUGUUGACCUCUAUGAUCUCACCUUAUACUCUAUGAAUACCUCAGCCUCUCGAAAGGCCACUAUCGAAGACAAAAGGAAUAAUUCUUUCACUGUGGUGCUUUUGCCAGUGCAACCAUGCAAUGAAAACAUACCAAAGGAUUUUUUUUCCACUUUUUUGCUGACAAACCAAAGCUCUUUCCUUCAUACACACGCUCCUCCCUCCUUGCCCUAUUGCGUCAUCUUUAGGAAGCUCCACCAUGUAGGUCGUGCACUGCUUUUACCAAUUUCUCUGAAUACCUCAUAGUAAUAAAUCCUUAGGGUUAUGUUGUAUAGAGAGUCUAUGUGAUUAAGGCAGAACUUAACUAGUUUGAUAAUUGUUACCGUUACUUCAGAAAAAAAGCUUUAUAAUUAUUUAUUUUGUAGUUUUGGCAGAACUGCCCUGUUUUGCUCACGGAAGAUGUGUUUUGAGAAUUGGUGUAGUGUGGCAGGAAAGAAAGAAAAAAACAGACUUUUAUUUUUUAUUACGAUUUUUUGUGUGUUACUCUAAUGAUCGUAGACUAUUCUUUUUUACAGGGUAAAACCAACUGCUGUGAUAAUGUGUUUAUAUUUUUCCCUUUUUGCUACUUAUGUGUUGUGAUUUGAUUUAAUUUAAUUGCAUUUUUUGUAUUGCUUAUUUAAUCACUACUUUAAUUUAUGCAUUUGUAGAAAAUAUAGAUUUGUAUAUAGUAGGGUUUGGGAAAAAAAAAAACAAUACAGAAAAAUACAGCCAAAGUUUUAUGUUACACCUUAUUUUUUCAUGCUUAGAUAUGAUGAAGGAGUGGGAUUUUUUAUUGCAGGGUGUACCUUCAACUAUGUCUCAGCAGGCACUUCAAUAUGUGUUAUAAACACUGCCAGAUACCAAAAAAAGUUGAAUUGCCAAUGACAACAAGGUUUUAAAGAUGUUACUUUGUUACUCAAAAGGCAAAAAGCAGUGUAUGUGGUUUUUUAAAUUAUUUUGACUUUUUAAAAAUGGUUCUUUUAUGGGUAAGACUGCACAUCCAAAGAUUUAUAAAAUGAAAAAAAAAAAUGAAAAAAAAAUGUUUAAUGUUGAAAAGCACUGGCAUUUGUGAGGUAGAACUUUUGAGUUUUCAUUUGACCAUUCGCACAGGUACAGAACGUAGAGAGCGUAGAACUUUGUAGACAAGCUAACCUGACCUUGGGGACAUCCUGUUUAAUGUACAAUCUGAAGCUUUCCAAAAAAAAGGACUGCAAGUCCUUGUUACUUUGCUGGCUCAUGCACUGAGUGAGAUGUGGACUUGAUAGGGCAGCCGGCCUGCCAGGCAGCUGUGACACACUGCUGGGUAUAUUUUUUAAUGUGGCACUGCUGUCUAGUUCCCUCUAGUAUCUGUUACUUUGGGUGCAUACUCGUGUAAUGAUAAUGAGCAAAGUCUAAUAAAUCUGCAAAGCAACUGAACCAAUCAGUGUGUACGUAUAUAUGAGACUGCAUGGUAUGUCAUUUACAAAACAAGAAUAACAACAACACUUGAAUUAUUAUCAAGGAUGUUCCUUCCUCAUUAGGUUGAAAAAUGAAAACAAAACAGGCCCAUACAUUAGGAAAGACCAGCCUAUCACAGGUUUAUUUCAGUGGUUUUAAUAUAAAAUUACUAUAGCAUAAGAUAUUUUUGUUGUUUGUUAUCAGCUAAAAAUGGUCUUCUUUCUCAUAACAGAGGUUAUUAUGCUCUAGAUGGAGGGAUUUAAUAAGUAGUAAAGGUAGACUAAUGUGAUUUUUUUUUCAUCCACCACUAUAAAGGAAAGCAUUCAAUUAUCUUAUACAUCCAGGAGUUAGUAUUAUAUUUUACUCCAGACAGUUUUAAAACUAAUGGCUACUCUGCUUAAUACAGUAAUAUGCUUUCAAAGCCCAUAUGUUUAAAUAGCAAGUCAUCUGUAUUUUUGAGGUGCACUUUAAGGGGAAAAUAUUUUUAGAUGCUCGGAAUAAAGAAAAAGCACUGCUAACUUUGUUAUAUCUAAAGCCUGCAUAGGCUUUUAUUGUAUAAAAUACAAUAAGAUUGAGCAAGAACUAGAAGGAGUGAACAGAUCUUCAAUAAAAUGUGUAUUAUCCAAAUUGAAGUGGCAUCUUAAGACAUUGGGAAAGAUUAAAAUUAGGCCUUUAAAAGCAAGAGAAAUCGCCAAUGUAAUGUAUCCUCAGUCGCCAAACUCCAGCUUGGACAAAAUACAGUUGUUGUUUUUUUCUACAGACAUACUGUAUAUUGUUAUUAAUACAAUUCCUGAAUGUAUAACAAGAAUCUGGCAUAGUUUCAGACAACAUAAAUUAAGCUUUAACUUUUUUGACAAAUUCAAGUGUUCCUUCAAGUACAAUCCUAUGACAGUUCUUGGAAGUGUGUGUGAGUCUUAUUAUGGCUAUGAAUUAGCAGCUUCAAGAAAAAGGGGGUCUCCCACAUGCAAGAUAGCUUGACUACUAGUAACAAAACUGAGAGCGCCAAAGACAAUCACCGGAAAAACAAUGAUGGGUAGCUAUAGACUCUUCCACAAGCAAGAGGGAGUUCUUCCAACAGUGAAAAUUACAAAGAGGUUUAGAAGGUUUUGAUAAAAGAAAAAAUAACUUGCUUACAUUUUUCAAAUUAGAAAGCAGUAGUUGUUUAUGCGUUUGCAUCUGCAUUUCAGACUAAGUGAUUCUUGUAUCUGAUUACAGUUUAUUGCAAAUAUUUUGUCAAUCUCUCCCUUUCUCUCUUUCUCUGUCAAGCGCUUCUUAUGUAUUUUUGUGUGUAGCUGAAAAGUGGGUAUUACUAUAGGCAUUCCUCAGGUUUCUUUAAACAGUAGGUAUUUUUCCUGUAAUGCUUCACAGUUUUCUUUGUAAUUUAGUUUCUGUUUCUUCCGGCUUUGCUACUGUUCUCUCUCUAUGCCGUGCAAUAUCAUCUGCUGUGUUUGCUAAGCAAAAAAAGAAGCAAGUGAUGAUGUCAUCAUGCUUUUUCAGUGUUAAAAUGUUUCAGCGUUUCUGUAGUCACAAAAAUGUAGAAAAUAAAAUGUUGGGUUUUCCAGCACUUUAUAUUUGGA